UCAUGUUUGAUUCCACUGUUUUUCUCUUGCAUUUCGGCAUAAAAUCAAAAAUAUGGCGUGGAGAGUAUAACACAAGCCCAUGUGUACCUUAGCAGUAGGCUGCUGAGCGGAGAUAAACGUAAACCGGCGUCAGGUUGUUGCACUGAAUUAUUUCAGUUUCAACUGACACAUGAUGAGUUCACUAUUAGAUGGUCAUUUAACAAAGAUAGUGUUAGUUGUACUGGUUGCCACCGUCGUAAGAUGGUGUGUUUCGCUGAACUCUCAUUCAGGACAGGGGAAACCCCCAAUGUUUGGUGAUUAUGAAGCCCAAAGACAUUGGAUGGAAAUCACAGUUAAUCUGCCUCCAAAGGAAUGGUAUUUCAACAGCAGUGCCAAUGACUUACAGUACUGGGGUCUGGACUACCCUCCUCUUACAGCAUAUCACAGCUGGUUGUGUGGAAUGAU